GGUAAUAACACCAAGUCAAUUCCAUGUUUGGGUGCAGGUAGCCAUCAACCAUAAGGUUUGGAAUUGGAGGUGACCUUGUUAAAACCAUAAAAGUGAAAUAAGAAGAAGGCAAUAUCGUGAUCCCUUUAUAUUACAGUGGGGUCGGCUGCAAAAGCAUAAGCAUGAUAUGCAUUCAUUUGAGUGGUUUUCCCUCUCAUUGCUCAUGAAACUAAUAAGAGAUCUUGAAAAAACUUGAAAGCUCCUUCUCCCUCCCUCCCUCCUUAUUUUCUUUUCUUUCUUCACAAAUUUGAAUGGAAAUGGGAAUGGCUUCGCUUCUUCUCUUCUGAAAGGGGAAUCUUGUAGCUUUUUGUUCUUCUUCCACAGAAUUUUGAGUUGUCAGUAGGGGUUUUGUUCAAACGAGAGCCAACUGGCAUUAUUUGGUUCUAGGGUUUGAGAUCUUUUAUCUUUUCAAAAAGGGGAAGUUCGGAAUACCCAGAAAAUGUGGAUGGAUAUGGAGAUCUGGGUAUUUUGAAAGCAACGGUUAAUGAUUGUGUUCUAGGGUUUUCUGCGUUUUCAUCAGAUUCUUGAGAGUCUCUCAUGGCGACCACAAAGCGUGCUUAUAAGCUACAGGAAUUUGUAGCUCAUACUUCGAGUGUGAAUUGCCUCAAGAUUGGUAGGAAAUCUUCAAGAGUUCUUGUUACUGGAGGAGAAGAUCACAAAGUUAAUCUAUGGGCUAUUGGCAAACCAAAUGCCAUACUGAGUUUGUCUGGGCAUUCAAGUGGAAUUGAUUCUGUCAGCUUUGAUUCGUCUGAAGUGUUAGUAGCUGCUGGAGCAGCAAGUGGUACAAUUAAGUUGUGGGAUUUAGAAGAGGCAAAAAUUGUUCGCACUCUUACUGGUCAUCGAUCAAAUUGCAUAUCCUUGGAUUUCCAUCCAUUUGGGGAGUUUUUUGCUUCUGGAUCUUUGGACACAAAUCUAAAAAUAUGGGACAUAAGAAGAAAAGGAUGUAUACAUACUUACAAGGGUCAUACACGUGGGGUCAAUGCAAUAAGAUUUACACCAGAUGGUCGUUGGGUGGUAUCUGGUGGAGAAGACAACAGUGUGAAGCUAUGGGAUUUAACUGCUGGAAAGCUUUUACAUGAUUUCAAGUUUCAUGAAGGCCAGGUUCAAUGCAUAGAUUUUCAUCCACAUGAGUUCUUGCUUGCUACAGGAUCUGCUGAUAAAACUGUUAAAUUCUGGGACCUUGAGACUUUGGAACUCAUAGGUUCUGCUGGUCCAGAGGUCCCAUUUUCAACCUUGAGGAUUUGUAUAUAUGGGACCCACAUAAUAGAGAUGCCAAAAUGGAACUAAUCUACUUUAACUUUUCAUUGCACAUUGUCCUUUUUAUCCACAUUUGUUUAUUAUGUUUUUAUAUUUCAGACUAGUGGUGUACGUUGUAUGACAUUUAAUCCUGAUGGGAGAACCCUUCUAUGUGGUUUACAUGAGAGUCUAAAAGUCUUCUCAUGGGAACCAAUCAGAACUCAUGAUGCAGUGGAUGUAGGAUGGUCAAAAUUGUCAGAUCUUAAUAUGCAUGAAGGAAAGCUUCUAGGUUGUUCCUACAAUCAAAGCUGUGUAGGAGUUUGGGUUGUAGAUGUCUCGAGAAUUGAACCAUAUAGCAUUCCCAAGAUAAAUGGUCAGCAAGAACAAAGUGGCAACCUUUCGAUUCUGUCUGAUAAUCCUUCAAAGUCAAGUUUGAACAGGCUUUCAAUUUCACAAAGUUCAGAUUCAAUGAAGGAGCCAAAAUCAUUGGGGAGGCUUUCAGUUACUCAAAACUCAGAACAAACUAACAAAGAUUCCAAAACCUUUUCAUCUACGGGAAAUGCACCUGCUAUUUCUCAAAAGAUGUAUCCAAAUGUUGUCCAAAAGAUCAGUCCACCUGCUUCAGUUACUGUUCCAAGUGCACCUGCAACUUCAAAAAGAAGUGUUACAAAGAACCAGUCAUCACAAAAUGUGUCAACUUUCAAUAGGUUAGAUGUUGCUCCUGUAAUUGUGCCUAGAAACAACAGUAGGUCAGAACAGAGUGGUGAGUUAAGAAGAGAGGGUAUUUCUGGAAGAUUAAUGCCAACAAUGGUACUGUCGAAAACAUCUGAUUCUAGAAAGUUCUCGAAUGUAAAGGAUGAAGGAGAGAAGCCAUUAGCUUCUGGACAUUCUGUGAGUGAUUUAAGUGACACUGAGUCAAGUCGAGUUGCUGAUAGAAGUGGUUUUACUUCAAUGAAAGAGUCUGGUUUUGGGAUUCCUGCAAAGGAGACAAGUUUUGAAGAUGACAGGAGCUCUGUUUCUGGAAAGGCUGAACAAAAUGUAGUGACAGAAUCACUUCCGAGUUACCAGCCUGAAAUCUAUGAAGGACGCCUACAACGACCACAUAGAGAUAAUUAUUCUAUGGAAAGCAAACGAAGAGGAAGAACACGCACACUUGUUUCUACUUGGGACAGAAAAGAAAGACCACCUUAUCAUGACACUCUUCCUUCCAGAAGCCUCUCUGAUAGCGUCUCUGUCUCUGCUGUCAACACACUGCCAAAUCCUGUGUCUGUGAAACAGUUAUCUGAAUCUAGUGCAAAGGAAACAGAACCUUUCACAGAGGAGGAUGCUAUUGUAGAUAUAAUGGGACGGCAUGAUCAAUUCGUAUCUUCAAUGCAGUCUCGUCUAGCAAAACUACAGAUGAUCCAUAGAUGCUGGGAUAGGAAUGAUAUUAAAGCAGCAAUUAGAGCAAUGGAGAGGAUGGCUGAUCAUUCUGUGACUGCAGAUAUAGUCAGUCUUUUGACAGAAAAAAUGGACACCAUCACAUUGGAUAUUUGUUCUUGUCUACUACCUCUCCUCACAAACCUCCUUGAAAGCGACAUGGAUAAGCAUCAAGGAUUAUCACUAGAAUUGCUGCUAAAGCUGGUGAGGACAUUUGGUUCAGUCAUAUAUUCAUCUUUACAAGCAUCAGCCUCUGUUGGUGUUGAUAUAGAAGCAGAACAAAGGCUGGAGCGUUGCAACCUCUGUUACGUGGAGCUUGAAAAGGUCAAGCGUUGCUUGCAGCCUCUAACUAGAAGGGGGGGAUCGAUUACCAAGUCAGCACACGAGUUGAAUCUUGCACUACAAGAAGUGUCAUGAGUUUGGGUGAAAUUAGGGUUUUUUGUUUUUUUUUUUUCUCGGUUGCUUUUUAGGAUAGGGAAUUUGAAGAAUUCUUUCUUGGCCCAUAUGCAUGCUACUACUCUUGACUCAGGGGUUGUGCUGAUGGGAGGGAGAUUUAUGUAAAUUUGAUUCUAUGCACUUGUGCAGAAGAAGAGCAUUAACCACCUGCCACAUGCAUAGUUGCAUACCAACCAAUCAAAGGGAACGACUCACUAAUCAACAUGUAUCCAUCCAUACCCAUACCCAUACCCAAACCCAAACCCAAACCCAAACCCAACCCAACCUAGUAAAUAUUUUUGAGUUCAUGUGUCUUUUGGAGUGAGAGUUAAUCCAUUGGUUUAUUUAUGUUAUACCAGUUGGUCAAUUACUUGAAAUGUAUUUGAAUUGUGUAACUUGAUUGUAGGCAUGAAUUUCUGAAGUUGUGAAUGUUUGCCUGCUUUUGCCUUUCACC